CACAGAACGGUUGUUGUUCAACCCAAACCCGAGCUCCAGGAAGGAGAAUCGACGAACAUCAAUUCCGUCCCCAGCUUCUGGUUUCCAGUCUUCUUUCUUCCUCCUCAUAUCCCGUCUUCAGCCUCGGAGCAGCCAUUUCCCGCCGGUGCAUCCUUACGAAGUUAGAAGUGAACUCAAAAGCUGACCAGCCUAUGCCAUAGCCGAAGUUGCCUCUAAACCCUGAUAGGGUAAAAUGGCUGCCAGAUUGAACCACUCAAUUCAGAACACUCUCUCCCUCUUAAACCCUCUCUGUUCAGUCACUACGAAAGUCACCCACUUCAGGAAUCGCCUUCCUUUCCACCGGAGCUUCCUGCUUUCUUCUUCCUACUCGGAAAAAAGAAGAGCCCUUUUCUGUUCUUGCGCCACGAGCGGCGCCGCGGAUACCCGAAGGGAUGGAGGAGAAGCCGCAGCAGGGGAGACAUUUGUUCUCACGACCCCUCUUUACUACGUCAAUGCCGCUCCCCACAUGGGCAGCGCUUACACAACAAUCGCUGCUGAUGCCAUAGCCCGGUUUCAGAGGCUUUUAGGAAAGAAGGUUAUCCUGGUCACUGGCACGGAUGAGCAUGGGGAGAAAAUUGCUACUGCUGCUGCUGCCUGUGGGUCUAGCCCAAGUGAGCAUUGCGACAUUGUAUCUCAAGCAUACAAGAGCCUGUGGAAAGACUUGGACAUUUCGUACAGCAAGUUCAUUCGAACUACUGAUCCCAAGCAUGAAGCCAUCGUGAAGGAGUUCUACUCGAGGGUACUUGCCAAUGGUGACAUUUAUCAUGCCGACUACGAGGGGAUGUACUGUGUCAACUGUGAGGAGUACAAGGAUGAGAAGGAGUUGCUUGAAAACAAAUGCUGCCCGGUGCACUUAAAACCAUGUAUACAGCGCAAAGAGGAAAACUACUUCUUCGCCUUGUCUAAGUACCAACAAAAAUUGGAAGAAACUUUGUCAUCAAAUCCGAAUUUUGUGCAGCCUUCAUAUCGUUUGAAUGAGGUAAGAGAAUUGAUGUUGCAUUACUCACGAUAUAGUUUCUAUUCAAAUUAAAUGUUCUUAGGCCAGAAUAAUAGUGUAGGUAUGGAUUCUGCUCUUGGCAUGCUAUGAAGUUCUCUCCAUAUGUUCAGAGAAGCUUGUGUUUGUCAGUGCACCUUGUGCUAAAGCCUGAUUUUGUCAUAUUAACUAUUUUAGGUGCAAAGUUGGAUUAAAGGUGGCUUAAAAGACUUUUCGAUUUCUCGAGCAUCUGUGGAGUGGGGCAUUCCAGUUCCUAAUGACAAACGACAGACUAUAUAUGUUUGGUUUGAUGCUUUACUUGGUUAUAUAUCAGCUCUUGCAGAGGAGAAUGGUCAGUCUAGUUUACAGGAGGCUGUUUCCUCUGGUUGGCCUGCAGCACUGCACUUGAUUGGCAAGGAUAUUUUGCGUUUUCAUGCAGUUUACUGGCCAGCAAUGCUUAUGUCUGCUGGACUUGACCUUCCAAAGACGGUAUUUGGGCAUGGCUUCUUAACUAAGGACGGCAUGAAGAUGGGGAAGUCAUUGGGAAAUACACUUGAACCAAAUGAUUUGGUCCACAAAUUUGGGUCUGAUGCAGUCAGGUACUUCUUCCUUAGGGAAGUGGAAUUUGGUAAUGAUGGUGACUAUUCAGAAGAUCGUUUCAUUAACAUUGUCAAUGCACAUCUUGCCAAUACCAUAGGAAAUCUCCUUAAUCGCACUCUUGGACUUCUGAGAAAGAAUUGUGAAUCAACUUUGGUGGUAGAUUCAGCUACUGCAGCUGAAGGAAGUGCCUUCAAGGACACUGUGGAAAAACUUGUUGAGAAAGCCCGCAUCCAGUAUCAAAAUCUGUCUCUCUCAGCAGCAUGCGAGGCUGUGCUCGAAAUUGGUAAUGCUGGAAACUUAUACAUGAAUGAACGUGCUCCGUGGUCUCUAUUUAAGCAGGGUGGAGCUGCUUCAGAAGCUGCUGCCAAGGUAUAACUUAAUUGAUUUUCUUGCAUCUUGACAAUCUUUGAAGUAAAUAAAGCCAGGAAAGGUUCAAGGAAUAGCUGAGUACCACAUGUUGGCCCCCAUUUUCCCCGCCAUCUAACUUAUACGAAUUAACCUUGAACUAAACAUAUUUUGAAUGGUUAAGAAUGGGCAGCUUGAUCAUUGAGUGGUCGUGUGCAACAGGAUCUUGUGAUUAUUCUGGAAGCAAUGAGGAUCAUAGCCAUUGCUUUAUCCCCUGUAUCACCAGGCUUGUGCUGGAGAAUAUAUGAACAACUUGGUUUUUCAGAGGAUCAGCUUGCAACCGUUACUUGGGAUGAGACCAAGUGGGGUGGGUUGAAAGGUGGUCAGGUAAUGGCUCAACCAAAUCCUGUUUUUGCAAGGAUUGAGAACCCAACAGAAGUGGCAACCGGCACCGAAUCAUCAGCAGCUAAGCCGGCAGUGAAAACCAAGAAGAAGAAUAAGCCUCAGCCCCAAGUAGCUGCUGAGGCUUAGGCUGAAAUCAAGGCGCUUUCUUCCCUUUGUAGUAAUGGUUCUUUCAUGUCUUGAGCCGUGAUAUUAUUGAAUCAUGGAACUUUCUCUGCAUAAGGUUGUUAAUUACCUUUGAAUUUAAUCCAUCGGUUUAGUUUAGUUUGUUCAUCUCGAUUCUCUCUCAACAAGGUAAGAUUUUAUAAUUUCAUCAUUCAUCAAUGAAAAAGUUACA